AAGUAUGAACGUGGAUCCGGAUAAGCGUAAAGUGAGCUUAAUGUACGGGUCUUGACCCAACUCGAGGCGAAAGGCCGAUCGGGCCCUGGGGAUUUCGAUGCCGUCAUGAUUAAUGUCUCAUGGCCAAGCUGUUGGCAAUCUUAUUCUUUCAUUUGAUACUACUCCAUAAUUUGGAAUGGGUAAUGAUCAACGCGCGGCAGGAGUGCUCGCGGAAGCAUAUUAAUAUCUCCUGCAGCAACCUGCAUCUCAUCACCUUACGACCCAAACAAGCACCACCAUCACCUUACCCACGAUGCCUUCUACUCUCGCUGUGCUUGCUGCUGGGAUCCUCGUCCACUCGGGACUGGAUCUCACGUCAUGGGGUGCCCUGGCCGCCAAGCUGCCUUCCACGGCCCAGAUCAUCAACCAGAAGACUUUCAACGUCUUGGAUGAUGUGCCACCUCCUGUGCAGGCCAACGACUCGACCGUGUUUCUUUGGCCUGGGGUAACCCAGAAGUCUCUCACUGCGAAGCCUUUCCACGUGUAUGACGAGGAGUUUUACGACGUCAUUGGAAAGGACCCUUCCUUGACUCUGAUCGCUACGUCUGAGACUGACCCCAUUUUCCACGAGGCCGUCGUGUGGUACCCUCCUACUGAUGAAGUCUUCUUCGUCCAAAAUGCCGGCGCCCCUGCCGCUGGGACCGGCCUGAACAAGUCGUCCAUCAUCCAGAAGAUUUCUCUCAAGGAGGCCGAGAAAGUGCGAAAGGGAAAGAACUACGGCAAGGAGGUGACGGUGACGGUUGUGCCAUCAAACCCCCAGGUUAUCAACCCUAAUGGUGGAACUUACUACAAGGGUAACAUCAUCUUCGCCGGAGAAGGUCAAGGCGAUGAUGUGCCAUCAGCUCUCUAUGCGAUGAACCCCAAGGCACCCUAUAACACCACCGUCCUCCUGAACAACUACUUUGGCCGACAGUUCAACUCCCUGAACGACCUGGUCGUCAGCCCCCGUAACGGUGAACUCUACUUCACCGAUACUCUCUACGGUUACCUCCAGGACUUCCGCCCGGUCCCUGGUCUGCGAAACCAAGUCUACCGAUACAACUUCAAGACUGGCGCUGUCGCCGUCGUUGCCGAUGAUUUCACGCUGCCCAACGGCGUUACCUUCUCUCCCAGCGGCAAGAACGCCUACGUUACCGACACUGGAAUUGCCCUCGGAUUCUACGGCCGCAACUUGUCUUCCCCGGCCUCGGUCUACUCGUUUGACGUCAACGCCGACGGCACUUGGCAGAACCGCAAGACUUUUGCCUACGUCGCUUCUUUCAUUCCCGAUGGUGUCCAUACCGACUCCAAGGGUCGCGUGUACGCUGGCUGCGGUGAUGGUGUCCACGUCUGGAAUGCCUCUGGCAAGCUGAUCGGCAAGAUCUACACCGGAACCACCGCUGCCAACUUCCAGUUUGCGGGUGCUGGACGCAUGAUCAUCACCGGACAGACCAAGUUGUUCUACGUCACCCUCGCGGCUUCAGGCGUGAAACUCAUCUAAUUUCUCGGCUCGUCAAUCCUUUGCUACGUAUGCCGUUCGCCCUAGACCGAGAUUUAGUUUAAACUACGCCCUUUAAUCUUUGUACAUAACACCAGCAUUGGAGUAUCAUGCCAAGGACUUUAAGUAUAUACAAUGAGAUAACUUGUUCCUGCCGUUGGCAAAUAUUAUUGAACCCACAGUCCGUAAUUG